ACAUCUAUAUUUUCUCUUAUCUCACGCAUUCUAUAACUCCAUAUCCCAAACAACAAAAUACAACAAAAAUUUUAAAAAAAAGAAAAAGUAUACUAGUAGUUAAAUCAAUCAACAAAAAUUGUUACAAAUAACAUCAUUCCAUCCACAAAUUCUUUCAAAAAAAAAAUUAAAAUAAUGUCCACCAACACCUUAAACUCUAUACACCACCACUACCACCGCUCUCUCCGGCGGCGCCACUCCCUAGACUCCCCCCGCGCAACCCUAUUCCUCCGCCGCACCACCACCACCACCUCGCUCUCCCACUCCUCGACCACCUUCGCCGCCACCUCCGCCGCCACGUCCACCCCCACCACCGACCCCUCCACCUCAAAAUAUUCCACCUCACUCGACCUCCUCCGGCAGCACCUCACCGGAAAAGACCUCCGGCAGGCCGACGAGGAGACCCGCCGCCUCAUCAUCGCCCUCGCCGGCGACGCCGCCGUGAAGCGCGGCUACGUCUUCUUCUCUGAGGUCCAAUUCAUCCCCGCCUCGGCGCUCCGGGAAAUCGACGCGCUGUGGCGGGAGCACAGCGACGGGAAGUUCGGGUACAGCGUGCAGCGGAGGAUCUGGAAGAAAUUGAACAGGGAUUUCACGGAGUUCUUCAUCAAGGUGGGGUGGAUGAAGAAGCUGGAGAGCUCGGAGGUGGAGCAGUAUAAUUACAGGAGCUUUCCGGCGGAGUUUACGUGGGAUAUGGAGGAGGGCCCGCCGGAGGGGCAUCUGCCGCUCACGAAUGCGCUGAGAGGGACGCAGCUGCUCAGUUGCAUUCUCACCCACCCUGCUUUUGACGGAGAAGAUGAUGAUCAGAGUGAUGAUGAGAGAGAGAGUGGAGCUGUGGUUAAGCCUUUCACCACUCCCUUCCAAACUAAUUACUCUUUCUGAUUAAUGUAAUCCCUUCUUUUUAUUCUCGAUAUAAUGCUUUUAUAAUAUCAAAGGAGUCAAAUAAAUUCAUUACUAGUUCUUUUUUUGCA